AUGGCAUCCCUCGCUCAAGAGCAAGAGGAGCUGCUGAGGCAUCCUCUCUACGUGUUUGAUCUGCCAGAAGAGCUCUUGGCAACACUGUCCACAAAAAUCACCACCCAUGUUGCCCUCAAAGAGGAAAUAAAGCCUGAUAAUGCCUACAACACAGACUUUAGAGACUGCAAGCUCACAACCUCAACCUCAUGUUCCCUCUGUAAAGUCUCUUUUCAGAAUGUUGAGGAGCAACGCGAGCAUGUCCAGUCUGAUCAUCACAGAUUCAACCUAAAGGCCCAGCUGCGGGGUAACACUUCUUUAAAUGAAGCCGAGUUCAACCGCGCGAUUGGGGAGCUUGAUGAAUCGAUAUCAGGAUCAGACUUGGAAUCUAGUAGCGAGGAUGAAGAUGACAGCAAAGCGCUAGACAGCACGCUUGUCACUCUGCUGAAAAGGCAGGCGAAACUGUCUUCCCCCGAAACUUGCUCCACCACAAAUGAGUCGAAACAGCCCUUACUCUGGUUUACAAGUCCCCUCUUAUCACCAAAUACCUUUCUAGGAAUCUAUCGAGGCUUGUUCACAAACACACAACAGAAUAAUACAGGCAGUCUAGUUGAUUCUCUGCGAGAGAGACAAACAAGGCCUUUGAUACAAAAUUCAAGUAAGGCUGCAAUACACCCUUCAAAUCACCCAGGCACUCAGCCACCCUCCCAGAUCUUUUUAUGUAUGAUUGGAGGUGGUCAUUUUGCGGCAGCGAUUGUCUCCGUCGCCUCUGAAGUACAUAAAAAGGCGGGUGGCAUCGAAGAUAGAAAGCCAGUCGUGGUUGCCCAUAAAACAUUUCAUCGUUAUACCACAAGGCGAAAACAGGGAGGCUCUCAGUCUGCUAAUGAUUCUUCAAAGGGCGCUGCACAUUCGGCGGGCUCCUCGCUGAGACGAUAUAAUGAAGCAGCUUUAGAAAAGGAGAUUAGAGAUCUUUUGGACAGCUGGCGACAUAUGAUUGAAGCGUCAGAUUUUCUAUUUGUGCGAGCAACAGGGGCAACCAAUCGGAGGAUAUUAUUUGGGCCAUAUGAUGGGCAGGUAUUGAAGAAAACAGAUACAAGGCUACGUGGGUUCCCGUUUACAACUCGUCGAGCCACCCACUCCGAACUUCUGAGGGCAUUUGCUGAAUUGACACGAGUUAAAGUAAGUCAUGUUGAUGAAGCCACUCUUGCGAGAGAGCAAGUAACCCAUCAGGCGCCCGUUACAAAACCAGCAAAGCCCGUGUCUCAAAAGCCAAAGGUAUCAAGAGAGGAGGAAGAGGCCAUUCUUCACACAUCUCAAAUUCAGGCCCUUAUCCGGCGUUCCAAAAUCUCGGCGUUAUUGUCUUAUUUGACAAGUAAUAGCAUCACUUCAACAUUUAGACUCCAUAGUUCGGAAUUAGGCUCGUCCCACCGCUGUCCUACUCCCUUGCAUCUUGCUGCUAGUCUAAACUCGCCAGCGAUUGUGGUUGCUCUCCUCACGAAAGCGGGAGCGGACCCCACACUACUUAAUGACGAGGGACGAGCUGCGUUCGAACUAGCCAGUGAUAGACCAACACGCGAUGCUUUCCGAAUAGCCCGUCAUGAGCUGGGCGAGGCGUCUUGGGAUUGGACAGCAGCCCGCAUACCUUCUGCAAUCUCAAAAAAAGAUGUAGAGAUACAAACAGAACAAGAUAAAAAGGCUGCUGAGGAAGCAGAAGCCCUGAGAAGAAAAGAGGCGCUGGAGCGCAUUCGGCGAGAAGACGCCAAAUCCGCCGCGCACAGAAGCCCAAGUGGCCGCAAGCUUGUCCCUAUUGAAAAGACGCCGGCUGAAAAACGAGAGGAAGAAACGCGAGGUAUGACGCCAGAGAUGAAGGCAAGGCUAGAAAGAGAGCGCCGUGCCAGGGCCGCAGAAGAACGCAUCCGCCGAAUGCAAGCUGGCCCCAGGCCCUGA